AUAUUUCUUUCUUUAGCACUGAAGGUGAUGCUAUCAAAGUUUACGUGAGGGUGCGUCCUCUUCCAGAAGGAACUGUACUUGCUGAUGGGGAUCAUGGCUUGUGUUUGUCUGUUCUUUCAUCAAGCACUAUCCGCCUGCAUUCAAAACCUGAACCUAAGAUCUUCACCUUUGAUCAUGUGGCAGAUGUGGACACAACUCAGGAAUCAGUUUUCUCAACUGUGGCCAGAAAUAUAGUGGAAUCAUGCAUGAAUGGCUACAAUGGAACCAUUUUUGCAUAUGGCCAGACUGGUUCGGGGAAAACGUUUACUAUGAUGGGACCACCUGAUUCUGAUAACUUCACUCAUAAUCUUAGAGGAGUAAUUCCUCGGAGCUUUGAAUAUCUGUUUUUUCUCAUUGACAGAGAGAAAGAAAAGGCUGGUACUGGAAAGAGCUUUCUCUGCAAGUGUUCAUUUAUUGAAAUCUACAAUGAACAGAUAUUUGACUUGCUGGAUUCUGCUUCAUCUGUAUUAUUACUCAGAGAGCACAUCACAAAAGGGGUAUUUGUUGAUGGUGCGGUGGAACAAGUGUUAACUUCGGCUGCUGAAGCAUAUCAAGUGCUAACAACGGGCUGGCGAAAUCGUCGUGUAGCAUCUACCUCAAUGAACAGGGAGUCCUCAAGGUCCCAUGCCGUUUUUACUAUCACAAUAGAGUCAGUGGAGAAGAGCAAGGAUGUUGUGAACAUUCGAUCCUCUCAGCUCAAUUUAGUGGAUCUGGCUGGAUCUGAGAGACAAAAGGAUACUCACGCUGAAGGAGUUAGGUUAAAGGAGGCAGGUAACAUCAACCGAUCAUUAAGCUGCUUGGGCAAAGUGAUCACUGCCCUUGUUGAUGUAGGCAAUGGGAAACAGAGACACAUCUGCUACAGGGAUUCUAAGCUCACUUUUUUACUACGGGAUUCUCUUGGAGGUAAUGCAAAAACUUGCAUCAUAGCAAAUGUUCAUCCAGGAUCCAGAUGUUUUGGUGAAACCUUGUCCACUCUUAAUUUUGCUCAGAGAGCAAAACUAAUUAAAAACAAGGCAGUGAUAAAUGAAGAUACUCAAGGAAAUGUAAAACAGCUCCAGUCUGAAUUGAAGAAACUAAAAGAACAGCUUGCUUUGCUAACUUCAGGGAGAUCUUUGCAUGAAGUUUCCCUUUCCAUAGCUACCGUUACACAUGAUGUUGGAAAUAUGGAUUAUAUGAACAGUUUCCUUGAAGCUAUGCUAUUCUUGGAAAAAUCUGAAAGUGAAAGAAAGGUACUGUUAGAUAAAGUUGCCCAGCUAGAAGAUCUGUGUGUCAGAAAGGAGAAGUUCAUUCAAUCCAAUAAAAUGAUAAUUAAAUUUAGAGAAGAUCACAUAACUCGCCUGGAAAAACUCCACAAAGAAGCUCAUGGCAGCUUUCUGCCCCAAGAACAAGAAGUGAUCUUCAGGGAGCUGAAGGAGGAACUGAAGACUUUCAGAGAACAGGUGGAGCACCAUCCACGAGUUGCAAAAUAUGCCAUGGAGAAUCACAGCCUCCGAGAAGAGAACAAACGACUUCGCUCCUUGCAGUCGGUAAAGAGAGUCCAGGAAAUGGAUGCUCAGGCUAUGGCAGAACUUGAGAAAGCUUUCUUAGAAGCUUCAAGGAAAGACUGUCAUAAUGGAGGCCAGCAAUUGUGUCCUACCACCAUGUCAACAGAUAAUUCAGCAGCAUCAGCUGAAAAGCUAAAGGAACGUCUGCUGCACACACAGAGUGAAUUGGCAAGCUCCCAACAAGAAUAUGAAGAAUUUAAAGCUCUAACAAAGAAAAAAAUUAGGGAACUGGAGUCAGAAGUUCAAUCUCUACAGACAGCAAACCAGCAUCUUGAGAAAAUUUUGGAAGCAACCAAGGCUUGCAGACGCCAGGAAGUUUCUCAUCUUAACAAAAUGCAUAGAGAAACUUUAAAGAACAUAACUACUCCAACAAAAGCUUAUCAACUAAGAUCUCGGUUGGUGACACGACUAACCCCUGAAAUGUUGAGCCAGGAGUCCAUUGAUAUUCAAAGCCCAGGAGAGAUGGAUGAUAUUCUGAAUGAACCAAUGCCUCCUGAGAUGAGCGAACAGGCAUAUGAGGCUGUUGCAGAAGAGCUGAGAUUGGUGCAGGAACAGUUAAGCACUCUUCAGAACAAGUUAGAUGAGGAAGAAAGUAAAAAUAUAAAACUUCAGCAGCUUGUUUAUAAGUUGGAUAGCCGUUGUACACAGAUGCAAGAGCUUCUGUCAUCUGAAAAAAAUGAAUGGCAAACUGAAAAGCAAGGGCUUCUUGAAAAGACAGACACCCUUGAAAAGCAGUAUCAGGACUCUCAGUGCAAGGCUGACAUACUGAAGAGUGAAGUCCAUGAUUUGCGAAUUGUUCUGCAAUCUGCAGAUAAGGAGCUGUCUUCUGUAAAAACAGAGUAUGAUGCUUUCAGACAAAAGCAAGAAAAAGAAAUUAGUGAACUUUCUACGCGCUACAUGAAUGUACAACUUCAGCUUGAUAGCGUCAGGCUGGAAUAUGAAACAGUUCUUGAAGCAAAAACAAGCCUGCAAGAUGACUAUGAGAAUCUCCAGGAAAUACUGAAGUUUGAGACUGACCAGUUGACUCAACAGCUCAUUGAAAGCAAGCAGGAAAGUGAAGUGCAGAAAAGUGCAUUUCAAAAUCUCUUAGCCCUGCUGGAAAGUGAAAAGGAACAUAAUCAGAAAUUGACAAUGCAGUUACAGCAAGAUAAAGAACUUAAUUCCAAGGAAUUGCUGAAAGCUCCUGAAACUAUACAACUAGAGAAAUCAUGUGAAAUGAUGCCAAGAUGUGACCAACAGGAAGUAAAGCUGCAGAAACUAGAGCAAGACUUGAUUGCUGCUGAAGACAUUAUUGCUUCCCUGCAUAAGACAAAUACUGCUGAUAAGGAAGUAGUGACAGACCUCAUGAGCCAGAUCCAAAAGAUGAGGAUGUCUAUCAGUCAGAAGACAGAGUGCAUAGAAGGGCUGACAAGAGAGCUGGAGGAUCUAAAUUAUAAGUAUAAUUCUGCUUUAGCUAUGAAAGAAGAAAGCAAAGCAAUUAUAGAGUUACAGGAAAGACAGAUUGAAGAGUUGAGAGAGGCUGCAGAGAGAGUGCAGAUUGCUGACAACAUUGAGAGAGAGCUUCUUUGUGAAGAUUUGAACCACACUUCUGAACAGCUAAGCAAGUUAACAGAAGCCUCCAAAAAACACGCAGCACUUCUUCAGUGUGCACAAGAAGAUCUGAUCAGAAAAGAAGCUAAAAUCCAAGAACUUCAGGAACAACUAUCAAAAAAGUCAGAAGAGCUAGCAAACUGGAAGAGUGAAUAUGAAUUUAAAACACACCAAACAGAAUGUUUCAUGAACUCUGUUACAGCAAAAUCACAGAGCCCAAAAACUCCACCAAACUUUGACACAGAUCUGGCAAAACACUUAGAGACACAAGAAAUAGCAGACCGGAGAGCCUCCGCAGUUACCUUGGAACAUCUUGUAUCUGAAUUAAAUGAAGAAAGGGAUGCUAAAAAUAAUGAAAUCAUGAGGCUAAAGACUCAGUUAUGUGAAUUAGAAAACACUCGUCUGGAAAUGCAGGUACUAAUGGAAAACAAUAGAAAUCUUCAGAGUCAGGUUGAAGAAGCAAGAAGAGGAAAGAGAAUUGGUAGUCCCAGGCAUCCAGAUGUUCAAGACCUACAUGAGAAAGAGAAGGAAAUUAACAAAGAGAGACUAGCAAAGACUAAAGUCAUGGAAGAAAUGCUGGCGGUCAGUUCGAAAUUGGAAAAAGCUAGACAGGAACUUACAAUCAAGGAGAUUGCAUUUCAGGAGAUGACAUUGGAGGUGGAACGAACGAGAGCUCUGGAGCUGAAAGCUUUCCAGGAGAAAGAAGAAAUGAGAUCAAAACUGGAAGAGAUGUAUGAAGGGAAAGUAAAAAUGGAAAAGGAGAUGUCCUUGCUGAAGAAACAAGUUGAGUUUCUUGCUGAGGAGAAUGGGAAGCUGGUGGGUCACCAAAACUUAAAUCAGAAGAUACAAUAUCUUGUCAAGCUAAAGAAAGAUCAUGCUAAAUUGAUGGAGGAAGCUGAUGCACUUCGUGCUGAAAAUGCUUUUUUGAAAGAAAAAGGUGAAUGUUGCAAGAAUCACCCAGAUUAACUGUCAAGAAAUAGACUCAUAUCAUUGAGAAUAAUAAAAGCAAGGCAUGUAGUUUGGCUUUCUCCACAUUAGCCAAAAGCCCCUUUGCUCAGGAGGGAAUUGUUGCAAACCAUGUAACAUACUAGGUUGUAGUUCUGAUUAAAGCAUUCUUGUUCCAGAUUAUCUUGCAGUUUUUCAGCAGAAUAGUUAUUCUUACUGAGCCAUUUUAAACCAUUCCAUUUGUUGAUGCUGGGAAAUGUCAUCUUAGAGCACUUGUCUCUACUUGUUAGUAUAACUUUUAGACUUCCUGUUCGCAAAAAAGCACUAGGUAGGGGUAUCUCACAUAGAAUUCAUUUUAUGCUAAAAAAAAAAAAAAAAUAAAUCACUGUUGCGUUUAUUUCAAAAUGUUGUAUAUAUUGAGGAAAUUUGUCUCAUUACCGUUGUUCAGAGAUGCUUUGAACAAGUGGGGUUUUUUAUUUUUAGUAAAAUAAAAGUAUUAGUUAAAUAUUAAUACUGUGGGCAGUAGAAACUUGGUGUCAUAUUAUAUCUGCUUCUUUUCUCUUAGCCUUUUUUCCUCCAGAAUUCUCUUUUCCAGCAAAGCACUGCCUUCCUGUAAAUAUAAAAUAGCUGCAAGACCAUCAUCCAGCUUAAAUGGCAACAUUCCUUCCGUUCCAUCCAUCCAAGAGACGUGUCUCAGCUGUUUAACAGAUCUCAUGUUCAUUUUAAAUGACUGCAGUAAGACUUCUGGUUUUACUGGAGGUUCAGUAUGAACAGCAGACUUCUUUAGAGUCUGUAAUGCAGGCACAGGCAGCGGAGGCAAAAAGAUUUGGUCUUGUGAAAUAUAAUUGAAUUAGCUCUCUAGUAUUUACCUGAUUUGGUUAUACAAAGUUUCACUUUAAGAAGAGCAUGUUUAAAUAUGGAUUAUGGGGUGUAAAUAGUAGGGGAUUUCCUGUUGUUAUAGUGUUGAGGAAUAAUGGACAGUGGCUCAGUUCAGAUGAUCUUCCAAAACAUGGUUUUGAGAGUGGUAGGCUUGUUCUCUCUCCCCUUUGCCCACAGAUGUCUUCUAAGCUAUGGUUUAAAGAUUAGCAGCAGGUAUAGUUUGUCAGCAUGCUAAGGUUAAAAGAAAAGGAAAGGAUUGAUGCAUGUCAGGAUAAUAGGGUUCCCAACCUCCUGCUGGGGAUCUCCAACUCACUGGCACAAAAUUGGCCAGCAGGGGAAGCCCCACCCCUGAAGAGCUCCCAACAUGUCCAGUGCAAUUACAUCACCUGGAAGUGACAUAAUUGUGCUGCGCACAUUCCAGCAUUUUGGUAUAAAACUCUAUGGCACCAUUCCCACCGAACAUGCCUGACACAAUUAUGGCACUUCCUGGUGAUGUCAUCAUGAAGCACAUGCGAGGGAAGUCUCUCCCCCCCCCCCCCCCCGCCAUGGUAGUCAGGUAGAACAUGGCAACCCCUACAGAAUAAGCAGAGACUGAAGGGAACAUGCAAGCCUUUGGCAUGUUCCUGAUCUUCCAGUUUGGAGAACUCGCUUGUCUGAAUGGGGUCUACAUUUAAUUCAACAAUUUAAUAAUGAACUUUAUGAAUGAAAAGAACUUCUCACAGGCUACAACUUAUAUUGCUCUUCAUUUUGUUCUUGAAUAUUGCUUGUGGCAAUUCAGAAUAGCAGCAUAUAUAUUUAGAUAAUUAUCUCUCUACAACAAAAGGAAUGGAUUCAAUUUCUAGGCAUUCUGCAUAAACAGAUAUUCUGUAGAAGAUUUUAAAGCAAACAGCAGCUUAGAAAAUAUUGGUAUGUUUCAGCAGAGGCUUCAUGAAAUUGGCAAGACAGUUUCAAUCUUUCAUUGCAGGACUAUUCAUUUUGUGGUCUGUAGCUUGUAGAUCAGCAGCCUGUGAAACUACACAAUAUUUUUUUUUUAAUGCUUGCCCAAGUGGAGAGGUGAAUGGCUUCUUCAUGUUAAGCCAAGAAUGGCUGAGGUCCACUUUUGUCAGCCCACUCAGGCAACAGGAUAAAUGACCUUUCUCAUUGAAAGAUGGUCAUUGCUUGGACUGUGCUUCAACAAAUGCAGAAAUCCCACACAUCUCUUUCAUGAUGAAUGAAGCUUCCAGUUGUGACUUGUGGCACUCUAAAGGCGAAUAGAUCUAUUAAAUAACGACAGCUGUUGUAGUACCACAAGGCUCUAUUUUUUUCUUACAGUAGAUUAGCAUGGCUUAAUUCAAAAGAAUCCAUGGCAGAAAGGAAGAUGCUCUGCUAUUUCAGUACAUGAUAAAGAUUCAUUCAUUCCAUGGCAGCUAUAGCAGUAUUGUAAAAUUCUGUAAAAGUUAUCUAUGUUUGAUAUGGGUUUAUUAAUUCAAAAAAUUAAACUAUUUAAGUAAA